AUGUCUGGCUGGGAGGGCGGAGCAGGGUCACUCCCUUCCUUGCGGGGAGCUGCCCUGGUUAUAAGGCUCUGGCACCUGGCCCUACAACCAGGGGCCAGGGACACGCGCCCAGCCCAGCCUGCCUCCGCCAUGCUCCUGCUGACGCUGCCCCCGCUGCUGGCACUGCUGCUGGGCCCUGCCACGGCUGCUCCCCUGGCACCAGGGCCCUCCAAGGAGGAGCUGACCCGCUGUCUGGCAGAGGUGGUCACAGAGGUGCUGACCCUGGGCCAGGUCCAGAGAGGACCCUGCACAGCUCUUCUCCACAGAGAGAUGUGUGACACAGAGCCCUACAGCUGCCUGUCACCSGAGGAGAAAGCCUUGCUGGGUGGGGACUUCAAGAAGCGGGAGGCUGGAAAGACACGGAGCAGCCAGGAGGUGAGGGAGGAGGAAGAGGAGGCGGCGGCCGAGAGGAGCCACAGGUCCCAGGUCCAGGAGCAGCUGCACAGCCGGCUCCGGCAGGAGAAGGAGGAAAAGGAGGAGAAGGAGGAGGAGGAGAAGGAGGAGGAGAAGGAGGAGGAGGAGGAGAGCGGCCCCGUGGAGACCUUCGGGGACCUGUGGAAGCACCACCUGGAGGGCGGAGGGGGCCCCCAGAGGCAGGUGACAGAGAAGGCCAGUGACGAGGAGACGGCCCAGUUCGAGGCAGAGGAGAAAGGGCUGAAGAUGCUGGGUGGGCACCACAGCCUGUGGCAGGGGGCCGAGGCGGGCAGAGGAGAGGGGCAUAGGGACCUGCCGCGCCACCAUCACCAGCAGCAGCCGCCGCCAAGCCCUGGGGCCAAGCAGGAAGAGGCUUCAGAGAGGGAGGAACACGACCUGGAGCGGCUGGAGCACUUGCGGGAGGAGCUGCAGAAGGCCGCUGCCAUGCUGGGGGAGGGGGUCAGGAGGGAGGGCUGACCUGGCUCAUGCCCCCCCAGCACACCCAAUGGCUUAGGACUGUUGGCCCCAAGCCCCACCUCACCUGGCACCCACUCCAGCCCCCACCAUGAGGGGGGCAGGGUGUGCUCUGAACCAAUCCUGAGGGACAAGUCCAAGCUGGGCGG